AUGAAUAAUUAUCUUAUGCAGAAAGAUUAUUCUACAUUUCAUAUUCCAGGCAAUAAGCCGUCUAAUCAUUUUUUCCUAUUAUUUUUAUUAAUAUUGAUAGCUAUAACUUAUAUAAUAGGAUGGAUAAUAAAACACCCUAGAUCAAACCAAACCUAUGCCAAUAAUGGAUUUUUAGAAAAAAAUGCUUUGACUGAUUUAGAUAAAUUUAUAACCAACACAAAUGUUCGUCUAUCUGGAACUACAAAUAUAGACCUUGCAACUUCAUUACUAUACAAUAUACUUAAUGAAAAAAUUGCUAAUUCAAAACAUGAAGUAUCUAUAGAUAUUCAGACAACUUCUGGCACAUUCUCUUUACAUUUCCUAGAAUCUUUUACAAAUUCAUAUGCUAAUAUUACAAAUAUUAUUGUUAAACUAGGAUCAAAUAAAAAGAAAGCCAUUUUGUUAAAUUGCCAUUAUGAUAGUGUUUUAAACUCACCAGGGGCCAAUGAUGAUGCUGUCAAUUGCUUUAUAAUGAUUGAAAUUAUGAGUUUAUUAAUAUCAUCAGCAACUCCAAUUGAAAUUCCAAUCAUUUUUUUAUUCAAUGGUGCAGAGGAAAUGAUUUUACAAGGUAGUCAUGGAUUUAUGUCCAACCACAAAUGGGCCUCUCAAGUAUCCAGCGUUAUAAAUUUGGACGCUUGUGGUACGCCAGGUCGUUUGCUCCUUUUUCAAACCGGCGAUAACAAUUUGUUACUCAAGGCUUAUUCUCGCUCUUUUAAAAACCCAUUCGGUGGCAGUUUAUAUUUCGCUAUAUUUAGAAGCGGGAUGAUACCCAUGCAAACAGAUUUUUACGUAUUUCACAAAUUAUUCGAUAUACAAUCUUCGAUCGAUUUGGCUUUCGUUGAUAAUAAUUACGUCUACCACACGCGUCAUGAUACUACAAGGUUUAUCAAAUCGGGGACUGUCCAAGCUGCUGGUGAAGAUUUACUAUCCCUGAUUCGCAGUGUGGAAUCUUUAUCAUACUCCGAUUAUCUUGAAGCCAUUGGAAGCGACAAAAAUAAUAGCGAAUCAAAAUUAUCGCCCAUGGUCACCUUAGAGAUUAUAGGCUUGAAAUUCAUAGUUUAUCCCAAGCGAUGGGACAGAUUAAUAUGCCUAUUUAUCUGCGCUCUUACUUGGUUAUAUUUGAUCUCCAAGUACUACACCAGGUUCCGUAUAUCUAGAACUACAUUUCUUUGCCAUGCGCAUGACGGAAAAUGUCCCGAUUUAAGAGAUAAUCGAUUUUUUGAUAGCAUAGUAAAUAAAUAUAAUCAGGAUGAUAACGAAAAAAAAACACGUCAGACAUGUUGUGUCUGCUUAAAGGGGCCUAUUCUAGCCAUAUCAAUUAUAAUCCUCGGCUGGGUGGUUAGCUUAAUUAUAAGUCUAACUGUAGCCCUUUUCGUCAAUAUUAUAAACCGACAAAUGUCUUGGUACAAUAGAAAUUUUCUGAUCGUCGGCCUCUAUUUCACGCCCACCUUGAUAGGGUUAUUUUUGGUUCAUUCUUCUGACUUCAAUCCUUUGACAAAAAUUAAGAACGCGUACUUAUUGAAUUAUCACGCAUCUCUUUUAAUCACCUCCUUCUUUUGUCUCACCCUAAUCAUCCUCAAUGUGGAUUUGGUCAAUUAUUAUUGGAUUUGGCUGAUAGCGGCCCUUCUAGGAUCCUAUACUUUUGAAGGAAAAUGGAUAAAUAAUGAAAAAUCAUCUUGCUGGGUGCACUUCAUAAUCCUCUGCUUCCCUCUUACACUGACCUUGUAUACCGGAGUGGUAUGCCCUAGAUUUGCCUUACCUAUAUUUGGGUUUACGGGACACAAAAUUUCACCCGAUUAUAUCGUUGCCAUUUUUAGUGGCUUUGUGAUUAAUAUUCUGCUGCAUUUUUUCGUCACGCGCAUAUACACUCUGCCAAAACGAGAAAUCAAUUCCCUACUCUUUUUGCUUAGCGCUUUUUUUGGAAUAAACCUAAUUCUAGCAUGCUUUACUCCUUUAGGAUUUCCUUUCAGUGCGGAUCCACAAAAACCGGUGUUGAAUAGACAAUUUAUUAUCCAUCUUAACCGAGACUUUUAUCGAAUUCAAGGAAAUUUUACAGAUAAUGUAAAGCCUUACUCUCAAGAUUCAGGAAUAUGGAUUUUGCCCUUGGAUAACUACGGUUACGAAUUUUUGACCAAAGAUUACUUGAAUCAAAAAUACGAUGCUAAUAUCUUAAAAAGUUUCUUGGUCGAUUGUGAUGAUCACGUCCAAUGCGGUAUGCCUUUUCGGUUGCCGGUUCACAAAAAUUUUAGAAAAUCCCUCUACAUUCCAACUCAACCAUUGAACUUUGAUAAAACAGUAAUUCAUAUAUCACAAAUAGAUAUGGAUAUUAAAGUCAAGCGGAUUUCUAUUGAAAUUUCAGAUUUUCAUCAGCUAACCUUGGCGAUUAGUCCUUACGAUCAAAACUGGAAUUUAAAAAAUUGGUCCUUCACUUCUGCUCCGAUUUCACUAAAAUCUCGCUUUAAAAACAGGCCUGUCUUUUUCCUCGUUCACAACAAUGGAAACCAUUUUAAAUCUAAAGCCGGACUUCGUUUUUAUCUUGAUUUUACGAAGAACAAUGAUUUGGUGAAGGCAUCUAACUCUUAUAACAUUAGUUUAGUUUUGGAUAUAGCUCUUUCAUUACAUCAUAUGUCUGACCCAAAAAUAAAAUCAAAACAAAUUGACGAUUUUAUUAUCGGUUACCCUAAAUGGAUAGAAGCUACAACCUAUACAUCCGAAUAUUUCCAUUAUACUAUAUAAUAAAUAGAUAUAAAAAUUCAUUCAGUAUUAUUUCUUUUGCUUAUUGAAUUAAAGAUAGCUUUUUUCAUAUUUUUUUAAGUAAAAUUUUUUAUAUUCAACUUCAUUUUAAUUUAAAAAAUUAGUUCAAUUAUGA